AUGGAUCUUAUUGAAUGUCGACUAGUUGGCAUUGAGGACUAUGAUGACGUCAUGGCUAUCCGUGAUGACGUAUAUGAUGGUAUGGACUUUCUACCAGCACUGUAUCGGUCCAUGAUGACCAAUCACAUCGGGUAUGCCUUGACCGUGAACAAAACUAUGGUAGCGUUCCGAUGUGAUGCUUUCAUUGAUGACGGGGAGACCAUGCUCACACGGGCACUACGUGUCCGGAAAGGUUACGAAGGUAGAGGGAUGGUCAAUCGCCUGGGAGACUUCAUCUCUCAGGAAACUGCAGGAAAUCAAAGGCUCAAACGAAGAGUGUACACAUUCGGCAAUACAAAUCUCUUAAAGAAAGUGGAACAGGGGAAGGCCACCCUCGUUCUACAGAAGGCCAUCUUGCUCUACAAAGGAUUGGUGUCAAAGGUCGCCCCUUCUCUCCCUACCGUUACUAAUACACAAAUCAGGAUCCUGAACAAGGCGGACAUGCAAAAGCUACUGUCAUCAAAAACAGACACGGACAGUUUGUUUCCUCAAGGAAGAAUUAUUGCUAACUGGGUACCAUAUCGUCUGUUGGCCAUUAAUGUCGAUCAUUUCUUCAACGACUUCUGUCUCAUUUUAGGCAGCGACUGUAAAGAUGGGGACUCGGUCAGACUCGACCUCAUGACACUGGCAGUUGGUUACACGGUACCUAACGGAAUUAGGUACACUAUAGAAAUAUAUGGUAGUUUGACAGAACAAAUGUUUUCAGAUCACAUGGCAGAGCAUCUCAGAAAAUGUUCUACGUUUGACCGUGAUAAUAUUAAUCUUUUAAUACACCAUGAACAAGGCAGACAUGAUCCAGACAUUAUUACGAAAACCAUGCAGCAGUUUGGAAUGACUGCUUCUGAUAGAAUUCACUCCACUAUGUAUGCAGCUGAAGAAUCCACAAUUUAA